AUGACUGACCUUGGUAUUGGUUUUGCAGAUGAAACUAUGCCAGGUAUUGAGCUAUUAAUUGCUGGUGUAAGUUUUAUUGCUCAAGGGAAGGAAGAUUUAUUUGGAAUAAUAAUUACGCAUGCACAUGAAACCAUUACGAUGCAGUGCCUUAACUGUGGAAAGAGUUACAAUGUCCCAAGUAUACAACAAAGUUCACGACUAAUUUUCUCAAGGAAAACUGAAGGAAUUUCUGCUAGAAGAUAUGAUAUCUGUGAAAGAGAUGGAUAUAAACGGCAGUAUAAAUUUAAGUCCUUUCAACAGCCUUGCAACAAAAUGUAA